UAUCAAGAGAUGCAUCACAGUGAGGAGGAUUUUAAUAAGGUAGAGGUGAAUGCGCUGUAUCAUCGGCUGGUGUGGACUAAAACAGGGAGCAAGAUGCAAGGACAGCUGGUCAUGCGAGAGGUUUGCAGAAAGCAACUUGAAGAGGAGAACUUCCCGCAAACAAUUCGGCCUGUGAAUCCACCGAUGGUGACAAGGCCUCUGCCGUGGCUAGGCCCGAAAAAGGGAUGCUAUUUUUAUGCACAACGUGGUGUCCGUGGCCUUAUUUGGGUUGUCGUGUUCCUUUUAUCAUUGCAUUGUUACAUCAAACUAACAUUGAAAAUUCAUGUUUGAUUUUGACUUUCUAAGUCUGUAGGAAAAAUUGUUAAAUUUUUUCCUCCUUCAUUCUCCUCUGCACUCGGUGCGUUUGAUUCGGCACACGGGGAGUCGCAAAACGGUGGAUGACGCGCAGAUAUACGACAUGGGCACAGUUCAGAGGAGCCUAGACGCGUUGAAUUCUGUCCCGUGGCGGGUGAAUCGGCGCGUUUUCGACACUAUGGAAGAGGUGUGGAGUCGAGAUUUAGAGCUCGCAAAGGUGCCUCCGAGAGAGAAUGUGUCGCUCAAGUCGCUUUUCAAGACGGAGAAAGAACUAACCGAGAUGUCGCCGCAGGAGAUAAAGCUCCACUUGUUGCAUAUUCAAAGCGUGAAGCGUCGCAAUGCGCAGCUAAUCAGCGAGCGGCCAACCUUUCUCUUGCGUCUUAACGCAGCAAGAGAAUACUAUCACAUAUGGCGACUUCUUGCU